CUCACAGAUCUUUUUUCUCAGAAGAUACGGGUUUAGAAGAAACCAUAAGAGAGCCGAUGGCUUGGAGAAGCCACAAGCGUUUCUCCCUCCCUCCAAUAAAGAGCACAGGGACCCUUGGUUAUGUCCCUAAAUCGACACCAGCGACGAUUUGCCCAGAUACGUCGCCCCCUGCAUAUUUGGGAAACAGAAUGUAUGUGACUGGUUCAGCCAGUCACAUCUACCAGGAUGAUUCGAGCUAUGACGGCAAAUCAUUGGUCUGUGACACUUCAACCAGCAAGGCCUUCUGGAACGAUGGACAAGGCAGCUCAACUUCCAGCAGUUUCGGGUCUCAACCAGUGUUCAGUGAAUAUGUGAACAGAAAAAUAGAGCAAAGACGCCAAGAUGUGGCUGAACUUAGUUUGUUAAAACGGAUAGAAAGGGCAGAGGAUCUCGAUCGACAUGCGAAGGAGAUCCUACCAAAGUCUGGGUCAAUGGAGUGGUUACAGGACACCGACCUAAACAUGCUCGUUUAUGAAAUGGAGGAUCUGGAAUGGCGUGUGUUUGAGGUAGUUUACAUCAUUAAACCAGACUACAAGGACUACGCCAUGCUGAUCCCAGAGACAGAUAGAUCUGUUCUUGAUAACAGCUACAAACUGCUGCGACGGUUAACCAAGAUAGACGGAUACUCCCAGCUCAACGUGAGGCCAAUCACAGACUUGCCGCGUCCAUGUUACCUUCCUAGACCCAUCAAAGGCCAUUUGGGGGAGCCUCCAGCGCCUAAACCCAGCUGUGCUGGAAGCUUCAAAAAAUCAAGCAUACCACUGCCAUUUGCGAAAGGAAACGUCAUGGAGAGAUUAAAUAUUCCCCCAGAGAUUCACAAUUUGAUCAGAAGAUUACACAAAGCUUACGCUAAAUUGUGCACAAUGGUUGAUCAGUGGUUUAGCCCAGGCACAGUCGAGGAGUAUGUCAAGCGAGCAAAAGCAAAAGGUGCUCGCACCCAUCCGACCGCCAAGGAGGCUGUACCCCAAACUACAGGCAUGGAGACUGCUACCCCAAUGUCAAGCGAUGAGUCUUGCCCUAAGCCAGUGCCCAGAAGAAUAAGAGUUCCCCUGUCAUCUUUUCGACCCAGACUUAUACAUAACAAUCGCUACAACAAAGUUGUCUCAAGUGGCUAUGGGGGAUCUAAGAAGAAAGAAAAAACAGCCACAGAGGAUCCCAAAAAAUACGCAAAGGAGAUCCUACCAAAGCCCGAGUCGCUGGGCUGGUUACAUGACAUGGACCUAAACAUGCUGGCUUAUGAAAUGGAGGACCUGGAAUGGCGUGUGUUUGAGGUAAUAUACGUCAUUAAACCAGACUACAAGGAUUAUUCCAUGCUGAUUCCAGAGACGGAUAGACCAGUCCUUGAUGAUGGCUACAACCUGCUUCAACGGCUAGCGAAGAUAGACGGAUACUCCGAGCUCAACGUGAGACCAAUUAUAGACUUACCCCAUCCGUGUUACCUUCCUAGGCCCAUCAGAGGGCAUAUGUGGCAGAAUCCUGCGUCUAAACCCUACGGUGGAGGCUUCAAACAAUCUCGCAUACCAUUGCCUUAUCAGUUUGCAAAAGUUAAUGUCACAGGAUCACAGAGAUCAGAUAUUUCUCCAGAGAUUCACGAUUUGAUCAGAAGAUUGCACAAAGCAUAUGGCAGGUUAUGCACAAUGGUUGAUCAGUGGUUUAGCCCAGGCACAGUCAAGGAGAAUGUCAUCCAAGCGACAGCCAAGGGAAGCCCAAACCAUCCGACAGUCAAGGAGACUGUCGCCCAAGCAACAGCAAAGGAGAAUGUAACCCAAGUGCCCCCCAAGGAGACUGUCACCCAAGCCACAGCCAAGAAGAGUGUCACGCAAGCGACAGCCAAUGAGACUUGCCCCCAGCCAGUGCCCAGAAGGAUAAGAGUUCCUCUGCCGUCCCCUCGACCAAGGCUUAUACAUAACAACCGCUACAAGAAAAUUGCCUCCAGUGGUUAUGGGAGAUGUAAGACAAAACCAAAACCAACAUGUACCAUGCAGACAAGCCGAUCGUUUGUGUCCACCAGAAACAAUAUAGCACCAUCUCUUAGAGGACAAACAUGUCAAACCCUGCAGAAAGAUCCUACACCAACACCCAAAGUUAAUAUCAGGACCAUGGCCAGACUCAAUGGGUCCAGACUCCCAAUUCCUGUCAAGCUAUCCGCGUCUAGCCUACCCACGACAUCCUCCACAUCAUCGGAAGCUGCUACUGCAUCAGAGGAUACUUCUUCCACAACUACCGUUGCGUCGAAGGAUGCUUCAUCGGCACCUACCACAGACAUCAGGACCAUGGCUAGGCUAAAUGGAUCAAAACUGCCACUUCCCAUAAAGUCAGUACAGAGUACAUCUCAACUGGUGUCUAUAAGGCAGCGCACAUCUUCUAUGUCAACAAACGUCAGACAUCCGGCUCAAGUGACAAAUCGUCCUCAAAAGCCUAUCCGACGAGUCAACCUGCGUUCCAACCUGUACAAUGACAUUCCCUCUACCGGCUAUGGAAAAUCUAAACCUGGAGUGAAGACGCAGUUUUAUGCAGCCAGAAGCUGUUUCUCUUUCUCCACCAAUAUCAGCCAAAGACCAGUUCAGCCCAAAACUGGAAUUCGAAAAACAAAGCAACAAGACAGUUUGAAGCCACCUAAACCCGACAUCAGAAUGCUAGCUAGACAGAACGGAUCGAAAAUCCCGCUUCCCGUAAAGCUGCUCCUAAGCGAAUCACCGACUCAACCUAAACCAGCAAUUAAACCAAAACCACCGUUUCAUCCUGAACCAGCAGCUAAACCAAAGCCAGUCGUUCAGCCAACACCCGUUCUGCCAAAAUCACCAAUUCAGCCCAAACCACCGAUUCUACCAAAACUACCGCUUCAGCUAAAAUCACCGGUUCAGCCAAAAUCAACGAUUCAGCCAAAAUCUACCGUUCAGUCGGAACCAUCGGUUCAGCCAAAAGCACCUGUUCUGCCAAAGCAUCCCGUUCAGCAAACAUCUCCCAUACAAGCAGAACCACCGGUUCAGCCAAAACAACCGGUUCAGUCAAAACAACCGGUUCAGCCGAAAUCGCCGGUUCAGGCAAAAUCACCCACCCAGCUCUUACUAUGCCCGAAACCACCAACUACUCCGCCCUCUCAAGACGGCAGACGGCGAAUCCGUGUAGUGACUCCGUCCUUGGACCCCGACAAGCCUUGUCCUAUUAAACCAGCCAGGGGAAUUCUCAAGACAUUGUGUGAGCGGAUGGACUUUCGAGAAAUGGACGCAAUGUUUGAAGCUAACAACCAUCCAAACGACUACCCGCCAUUGUGCCAAAAUCUUGAUCGCUUCUUCUAUCGUCAAAUGGCGCCUCGAAGGCUCGUCCCCAUGGGCCUUGAGAGCUGGACUGCUCUAAACAGAAGGAAAGUCCAGUUUGACCCAGAGUCAAAUGACCAAUUUGAUGGAGAGUCAGCAAGCAAAUAUGAACCAGACCUAGAAGGCGAAGAGUUUCUCGAGUUAGAAAGGCAAUGCAGUGCAGAGUUUGAAAACCCAGACGAGAUUGACAGAGAAAGCUAGAAAUUGGACUGCUUUGAACAAUUUGGGAUGUUUGAUGGAUCAGUUACCUUUUCUCAUCUGGAUUAAUUCGACCUUUGUUUUACAACAUACAUGUAACAUUCUGAUUGGCUACAGAACCUCUCAAAAAAGAGAUAUGAGUUUGCUGAAAUAUGUUUACCAAGGAUAUUUGGCAGACUUUGAUGUGAUACAAGUUGCUUCAUUUCUAAAGUCGACGAUAGUGUCCGAAUCCAACAAGAAGAGAAACAAGAUAUUCACGGUAAGGACAAAAAUCCAUGUAUAGAGGUGUACAAAGUGUGUGGUUUUGUUUUAUUGUAAAGUGAAAUAGAUGAUAUUUUAUAUACUGUCUAUACUUUUUGUAUGUAUCUUAAUGGUACUAUUUUAUAUAAAAUAUAAUAAUUAAAAAAUCUGUACUAUAAUAAUACCUUUUUAUUAGAUAUUUAGCAAUAUAGAAUUUAAAAUAUCUCUAACAUGCUACUGCAUGCAUUUUAAAUCAGGGUUUAACUCCCUUUGGGCUCUUCCCAAACUUUCUCUUGCCGUACUCCGUAGGCUUUCUCAGGUAUUUGCGCAUAGCAUUUGUAACAAACUAUUGCGGAUCAUCUAAAUGCUACAACAUUCAGAAACGGCAUACAGCCACCUUUUACACCAAAGUGUAUAUUUAUACACCCAAAUAUACCAAAACAUGGCUUAGUUUUGCCAUACUGUUUUUUUAGUUUUGUUUUUUUUUUCUUUUUAAUUAUUUUUUUAUACAAACACACAACAGGUGGUACAAUUAAGGAGCCAAACUUCAGGCGUUGUAACGUUUUUAAGACUCAAACUCAAGCUCUAUCACCUAGGUUACAGUACAAAUAUUUUACUACACGUUGUACGCCAACUCGUGGCACGGCUCCUACGACUCGUACAACAAUACGUGAUCAUAUAACUUGUACACCAACACGUGGUACAGAUCCCGAGUCCAUUAUACCAACACAUGUUACGGAUGCCAAGUACAUCGAUGUUGGUACGGAUUCAAUGCCUAACACACCAACACAUUAUACGGAUCCAAUGCCUAGCACACCAAAACGUGGUACGAUUCCAAUGCCUAGCACACCAACACAUUAUACGGAGUCAAUGACCAGCACACCAACACAUUAUACGGAUACAUUGCCUAGCACACCAACACUUUAUACCGAUCCAAUGAAACUCACAUACUCAGCUACGGUUACAUUGGUACGCCAACGUGUGGAACUAUUCACAUCAUCUCGCGUGACGGUGGUAUUGUUCCGACAACCAGGAGAGCCAACACCUGACGGGGAUCCACUGACUGACAUUCCAACCUGAUACGUGGCUUUUAUUCUACAACCAAAGUGAUAGAAUUCAUGUCCGAAUGGUAACACUUACUCCUGCUUUAUAUCAUUAAACUACACCAAGACUUUUUUUUCUAUUUUUCUUUCUUUAUUAUUAUUUUUCUUGUAUAAAUAUUGUUGUUUUCCAUUUUAACACAUCCAAUGUGGCCCACAACUGUUGGCCUAACCAUGCCACAAUCGCUCUCUAUCAGUGUGACUUGACAACUCGUUGUUUCACUGAACCCUGUACCGGGCAUUUGUUUGAACAUUGAUUUUUUUUUAUUGUUUUACAUCUUAUCUGUCAUUCAAUAUCGGUUUCUUGCGAUAUGCUCAAAGUCUUUAAGUGUAUUUCUUGAUUCUGUCGGCUAUAGAACGCCUUGUCUGUAAAAGGCGCGAUAUGUUGUUAUUAUAUAAGCUCCUAAAGAGCAAUGUUGAGGAAUUUAUAGACGUAUUUACAGCAAAUUCUAUUUUUUACGAAGCCUCACAGAUGGUUUCUUGAUAUAUGCAAUUUAAUAUUGUGAUAUUUGCAAUAUGCCAAUAGAAUGUACACAAUAUGCCUUUCUGAUGUAUAUCAGAAUAUGCAAUAUGACAUUAAGAUGUAUGCAAUUUUUCAAAUUG